AUGACCCGGGAACUGGAGCCAGAUCGCAAUGAGACGACGCCGCUGCUUUCCUAUCGGGACCGCGGUGACGGCGAGCGACGAUGGUCGAUAGCGCGCCGUCGCUCGUCCGCCUUCCUCUCAUUCCUAUCCGAGCCGGACGACAAGGACGGCGACGAGUUCCAAGAGUACCACCGCAAGCGCGCCAUCUACCUCAUGGUCUUUAUCAGCACCGUAUACAACAUCGGCGUCGGCAUCUAUAAUUCGUUUGCCGUCGAGCUCAUCCAGACGCUCGCAUGUGCCGAGUACUACCACGUCUCCUCGCCCUCUGCACCCGACGCCACCUUCCCCACACUGCCAACCGCAGGUGACCCUCUCGAGAUCUGCUCAGUCCCCUGGGUCGACAAGCGUACCAGUCAGAUGGCUACGUACUCCGACACGCUCACCAGCAUCUCGGGAUGCAUCGUCUCGCUCGUUCUCGCAAAACAGAUCCUGCCGCGAUUCAGCAGACGCGCCGUGUUCAUCGCUUCCAUCUUGGUCUCCCUGGUCAACUGCUCGCUUCUUGCCAUGCUGCCGACGCACUACUCUUUCGAUUCUACCGUACCCUCCGGCUCAACUGUCCAUCCAACCGUCGCGAUGCACCUAUACAUCGCUCUUUGCUUCGUAGGCGGCCUCUUUGGAGCCUUUCAGACCGCAUUGUUGCUCCUCGGUCAGGUCAUGAUGCUCGAUGUCUGCAAAGAAGACGAAAAGACGGCGGCUUUCGCCAAGAUCUUUGCCAGUAUCACACUUGGCAUGGCCAUCGCGUCGGUCGUCAUUCGCCUUGUCUUGCCGGCCUUCCAUCUCAACUUCAGCAUUCUGCACCACACAGGCCCCUUUUCGCCCUUCUGGGUCUGUGUUGGGGUCUGGCUGAUUGCACUAGCCCUCGCCACCCUCUUCCUUCCGGAAACAAAGCCGCUUGCUUCCAGGCACGGACGCUCGCGUCGAGGCUCCGAUGCCAGCACCGCCACAGACGCCAGCGUCAGCCACAUCCAGACAGCCUCUCCAUCAACGACGCAGCCGAGUGCUAGCAGGUCUUUGGCUCGAAGAGUGAUGGCAGACCUCCAGGAGACUCUCGGCCUGUUCGGCUACCUUGUGCCGUACAAGCCGGAAGCGGGAGCCAAGAGGGACUACAAGUUGCCGCUCAUGAUGUGCGCGCUGGUAUUUUGCGACACCAUCACGCUGAUCUGGUCGAAUCUGGUGGUGUUCUGCUCGACGCACCUUCACUUUGGGCCGCCCGAAGUCACGACAUUGCUCGGCCUACUGGGCGCGACCAAGGGCCUGUACAGCCUGUUUGCGCUGCCGUGGAUCGUCAAGAUAGUACAUCGGGCGGUGAAGCGGAGGAUGCGCGACGAGAUGGUUGCCGCCUCGAUCGAGGAGCUUCCAAGCGAGGUGCGCAUUGCCAAACGCGAGCAGUCUGUCAUCUUCACCGAUCAGAUCGUUGCCAUGGCUUCGCUCUCGUGCGACUGUCUCGGCUUCAUCGCCAUGGGCGUCGCAGCCUCCCACCUCUCGGUGUCAGGCAUCUAUGGCACUGUCUUCUUCUUGCUGCUGGGAGCGGGUGCGCUUCCGUCGAUUCAGGCGCUCAAUGUCGACCUCUUCCUGGCGCAGGACCGCCCCGCCGAAGACCCGGUAGCAGCGCGCGACGCCUUUGUGGGCUUCCUCAAUCUCCUCCAGAUCGCGCUCUACACAUUCUGUCCACUCAUCAACAACGCCAUCUACACGUGGUCGGUCGACCACAACCUGCCCGCGCUCGUCUUCCUUUGGACCGCCACGCUCUCCUUCACAUCGCUCUUCUUUGUCUCCACCGCCUCUCUCUUUGCCAAGUAG